AUGCAUAUUGGUGAUAUACGGUUGUCUAAAAAUAUCUUACUUAAGGAUGUCUUAUUUGUUCCAGAGAUAAAAUUCAAUCUCAUCUCUGUGAACACAUUGAUUUCUGAUAAUAAGAAACCCACUGAAUUACACUUCCAAGCUCUCCAACAUACUCUUACUUAUGUGGCGCAUAUUGCUGGCCAAGGUAUCCUACUUAAUGGUUCUAAUCAAUUACAUCUUCAGGCUUUUUCAGAAUCUGAUUGGACCGCCUGUUUAGACUCACGACACUCCGUUAUUGCGUAUAUUCUUGUUCUUGGUAAUUCCCCCAUUAGCUGGAAGUCCAAGAAGCAGACUACCGUUUCCAACUUUUCCUCUGAGGAAGAAUCAGAGCUUCCUACUAAAGAACAACUUGCUGACUUGCUCACCAAAUCCCUACCUUCUACUCAGUUGCUUCCCUUAUUGUCCAAGCUUGGUGUGAUUAAUAUCACCUCAAGCUUGAGGGGGAUGUUAUCACUCCUACUCCUCACCAUACCACCUGUACAUGCAUUACACCCAAUUACUCCCUUCAUAAGAAACUCACAACAGAUGUCUGCUGCUCUCACCAACAUUCUGUUACUCGGUUAUCAGCUUCUCAUAUGCCACCUUAGGUCAUUUCUUGUAUCAUUAAUCAGUAGUAUAUAUAGCUGA